AUGACUAUCCGACUUACAGGCGAAAAAGUGUCCGCGCUCAAAGCAGGAUGCGACAAUUUGCUUAAAUCUGCAAACCCCUCGAUCAGAGAACUCGCACGGGUUAUAGGCAAGAUCAUAUCGUCCCUCCCUGGGGUGAUGUAUGGACCGCUUUAUUUCCGGUCACUGGAACACGACAAAACUAUUGCACUUAAAAACAACUACGGGAAUUUUGAUAAACACUUAUCAUUGUCAACAAACGCCAAAAACGAGUUAUUAUGGUGGACGGAGAACGUUACCGAUGCAUUUAACGUUAUAUCCCAUGACUUACCAUCCUCAACACUAACAACCGACGCCUCAUGCACAGGCUGGGGCGCCGUCUAUGAAGGGGAUAGUACGGGUGGUAUUUGGUCUAUCGCAGAACAAACCUAUCAUAUCAACUUUAUUAACCACAUGGGAACAAGCCAUUCUCAGGAUUGUAACAAAUUAGCAAAAACUAUUUGGGAAUGGUGCAUAAUGCGUAACAUUUGGAUUAGUGCGGUUCACAUCCCGRGUGUAGAGAAUAUCACGGCUGAUGCAGAAUCUCGGAAUAAGAACAUCCAUAUGGAAUGGAUGCUCAACCGGGACAUCCUAUCAGGGGCACUUAAUAAAAUAGAAUUUUGCCCGGAUGUCGACUUAUUCGCAUCUCGCGUCAACGCGGAAUUUCCAAAAUAUGUAUCUUAUCGACCUGACCCGGGGGCCAUAGCAAUUGAUGCCUUAUCACUGAAUAUUGCUUAA